CGUCUACUCUGUUGUGUCCUAAGGAUAUCAGGAUUCUCCUCGUGACGAACAUAAAAUCAGAACAAAGACAGGUACAGCACAUUUGACUGGAAGAGAAUACCCAGACCUGAUCGCUGUUUCUCUUCACUCGAGAAUCAUUCAAGCUGGGCUAGGAAGAGUGAAUAUCUUUUGGACGUCUCAAGAUAUCAGCUAAACCGUAACAUAUACCGCCAUGCAAGAAGUCGGACCAAUGUCGCCUUAUAAAGAUCCAUGGGACUCUGAGUCUCAGCCCGAAGGAAACACUUUGAGGUCCCCGACUGGUCGUCACUCAUCCGUACACAAUGACAUUCCGAUCAACGCUCAUGACGUGGCGAGUGCGGCUGAGACUCGUAGGAAAACUGUCAAUCCGAUUGCCUCAACGGAUGGGGGUGCUGCAAUUCGAAAGAGCUUCGUCCAGCUAAUAGAAGGACAACUUGUGGAACGUAAUGAGAAGGCGGUGGUACUUGAAGCACUCAAGACAAUGGAGAAGAUCACUUCGAAUGUGUUGAAAAAUCCAGGUGAAGCUAAAUACAAGACAGUCAAACACUCGAACGAGUUGAUCAAAAGAAACAUAAUCAAUGUAGCAGGUGCCCGAGAUUAUCUACUUGCAUGCAAAUUUUCGGCAGGCGUAAAGGAUCAUGUCGAGACUUUAAACUUUCCUGAAAACCCAUCGGAGCGAAUCCUAGAGGUCUUGGCCAUUGGUCACCAGAUACUCACCAAGAAAAUCUCUGAUAUCACUCAAGCCCAUGAGACUGCCAUUCGAAUGAAGCAAGCCGAAACUGAAGCGAUCAAGAGACAAAAAGCUUUGGCACUCAAUAACAUACAGGAGGAUCGAGAGCGUCAGAAGUUGAGACUUGUUAGAGAAAAGAUGGCCAGAGAGGCUAAGGAGAAAGAAGCUGAAUCGAACAAUGGACAAGGUGAUUCUGACUCAUAAGUUUAUGUGGAUGAGUUAUAAACUUUUCCCUUCGAAAACAGUGCGAUCCUACUCUAUCGCUCCGGACUCUUAUCUUAUCUUGUCUGUAGCACAAAACCUAUUAUCUCAAUGCUUACUUAUUCAAAACAACAUGUCAGUCCACGUUGUCCCGGUGUGAGCUCAAGCAUAUCAAACACAUCAGUUGUACAAAAAAAUGUCGGAAAAACCUGAUCGUCCAUCUCAUUGACCAACCAAUGUUAUCGAGUGAUUCCCCCGUGAUC